CAAGCUGCGCUUUCGGCACGUUGCCAUGGGCUGCGGGUCAUCACAAGCAGCUGUAGCUCCUGAUCCAGUGGUGCCGACUGCGCCCUCUGCACAAGCAGAUGAAUCUGGUCAGGAUGUGAAUGCAAUCGAUGAAGAUCCGAAGAAGCCGGCAGCGCCGGCCGAUCAACUGCCGGAAUGCAGGCUCCGCAUCUUUCACGUGAACGAUGUAUACUCCUUGGACAAUUUACCCCUCCUUCGAAGCUGCAUCAAAGCCAUGAGCGAGGGAACAAAUGUGUUGACAACACUGGGUGGAGACUUCGUGGCGCCCUCGCUAUUGUCGUCAAUCGACCACGGGCACGGGAUGGUGGCGGUGAUGAAUGCUACGCCCAUAGACGCUGUUUGCUUCGGCAACCACGAAAGCGAUAUUCCCUUUCUUAGUUUGGUCCAACGUGUACAAGAGUUUAAUGGCGUGUGGCUGAACUCCAACAUGCCAUCCCUCUCAGAGGAGUCGGCAUUUGAAGGAAAGCUCGCAGACCAUCACUUGGUGAAAUUGGCCGAAGGGCGAUCAGUGGCACUGAUCGGGCUUCUAUGUGGCGGUGGCAAAGACGCCGCGUUGUACAGGAAGGACGCCUUCAAUGGUCAUGCCAACAAGAUUACUCCAGUGCUGGAGGCUGUGGAAGAUGCUGUGGCACGCACGCAACAUGCGUACCCGGAAGCAGACUGCAUUGUUCCUAUGACUCAUCAAAACAUGCCAGAUGAUAUUGAACUGGCAAAGCGCGAUUUCUUUUUUCCGGUCAUUCUAGGAGGCCACGACCACGGAGUUUUCAAUGAAGAGCACAACGGCACUCACAUCGUGAAAGCAGGAGCAGACGCCUUCAAUGUGGCGGUGGUCGACCUCCUUUGGGCGGCGGGCACUCCAGCCCAGUCCGCCCCCACGGUGUCAGUGCAGAUGAUUCCCCUGACAUCUGUGGAGCAGGGAUUUGCCGCAGACCCGGAAUUGCAGGAGUGCGUCAAGACUCAUCAGAGACCCGCGGAGGAACUGAAGGAGGUCACUUUGGCGGUGCUGCCAAGCGAUCCGCUUUUGACCUCUGUGGGCGCGCGAGCGCAGGAGUGCACUAUGGCCACUUUGAUCUGCUCCGGACUCCGGGCUGUGGCCGGCACGGACGGCGCCCUCAUCAACGCCGGUAACAUUCGGGGCAACAAGGUCUACAUUGACGGUCGGGUGCGCUUUGCGGAUCUUGCUGCAGAGUGCCCCUUCCCCUCAGCACAGAUCGUCGUGGAGGUGCCCGGCUCGGUGCUGUCCAAGGCGGUGAGUCAGAGCCGCGCGCCCUGGCACGGGGCGCCGUCCCCGCGCCCCGGGGCGGAGCCGGGGACGUCCUCCACGGCGCUGCACUUCGACGAUUUGAUGCGGGCGGACCCUGACACAGAGUUCCUGCUGGAGGUGGCGGGCCAGCCCAUAGAGGCGGAGAAGCUGUACAGCAUCGUGAUCGACUCGUUUUUGAUGAGAUCCGACCCUGUGCUGAAGGAAUACGCGGAGGCGCACCCCGAAAACGUGGCGCCGGACGAGACGGGGCAGCCGGCCCUGCCCAUGCUGGUGCAAUACUUCUGCGACAAGAUCUGGGCCACGUUGUGUGACGUGGACGGGGAUGGACUUGUGCAGUUGGAGGAGGUAGAUGAGUUCUUCGACCUCGCAGACACGGAUGGUAACGGGGAGCUGGAUGUGGAUGAGAUCAUGGUGGCCAUGUCCUUGAAGCUUGGUGGUUUGGAUGUUACUCGGGUCCUAGCUCAACAAUGUGUGAGCUGUGCGGACGCGGAUGGGAACGGCAAGGUGAGCAGAGAAGAGCUCCGGAAUUUUAUGCAGCGGGAGUCGGCAGCACGGGCAAAUCGAACGAUUUGACGCCGGAGAAUUGUUUUCCGAAGGUUCUUCAGGCCUUCCUAUGUAGGGUCUUUCCAGACGGGCGUAUCUCAAACUGGGGCCCCCAAAAUGAGGGUGGCUUCCAAAAGGAAGCCGUGAAACCUCUGGGAAGGACCUCGGAUAACGAGGUUUCACGGAGCAUUGAUCC